AUGCAGCGCCUGGCCCCGGCGUUCCUGGGCCGCCUGGCCCGUGCCCAGUCCUGGGUCCCGGUGCGGUGGCGCAGGGCGGCAGCCAGUGGUGAGGAGGAGCGGUUUGUCUUCCUCGAGUACGAGCCGGAAUCGAGCGAGGCGGCGGCGGCAGUGGCAGCAGCAGCGGCGCCCCGCCGGGAGCGGAAGCCGGGCAGGGAGUGGCGGGAGAGGGCCCCGGCGGCGGGGCGGCCCGACCCCUCGGUGCCGCCGAGCGGCGUGAGCUGCUCGGGCUGCGGGGCCGAGCUGCAAUGCCGCGACGGCACGGCGCCGGGCUUUGUGCCGGCGGAGAAGUACCGGAGCCUGUCGGAGGGCCCGGCCGGCGCGGCGGGGCUGCAGGGCGCCGUCUGCCAGCGGUGCUGGCUGCUGGCCCACCACGGCCGGGCCCUGCGGCUGCGGCUGCCGCCCGAGCAGCACCGCCUGGUGGUGAGCGCCGCCCUGCGCCGCCCCCCGCGCCACGGCCGCGGCCCGCUCCUCCUCUACCUCCUCGACGUGCUGGAGCUGCCCGACCCGGUGCUGCCCCAGCUGCCGGAGCUGAUGGGCCCUGACGUCCCCGCCGCCGGGGUGCUGGUGGUGGGCAACAAGGUGGACCUGCUGCCCGCCGACUCCCCCGGGUACCUGGGGCGGCUGCGGCAGCAGGUGGUGGCGGCCUGCACCCGGGCCGGCCUGCACGGAGCCCCGCUGGUGGAUGUCCGCCUGGUGAGCGCCAAGACGGGCUUCGGCCUGGAGGGGCUGGUCAGCCGGCUGCAGCGCUCCUGGAGGUGUGCCGGCGACGUCUACCUGCUGGGCGCCACCAACUCCGGCAAGUCGACGCUCUUCAACAGCCUGCUGUGCUCUGACUACUGCAAGUCCCGUGCCCCCGACGCCGUCGACAGGGCCACUGUCUCCCCCUGGCCAGGAACAACACUGAACCUGUUGAAAUUUCCAAUUAUUAAUCCUACAUGUGACAGGAUAUUCCGAAGGCAGGAGAGGCUGAAAGAGGAGGCAACAAAAACAGAAGAUCAGCUAAGCAGUGAAGAAAAAAAGUACCUUAAUCACCUUAAAAAGCAAGGUUACUUAGUGGGAAGAGUUGGAAGAACAUUUCAACGGCAGAAGUCUAGCCCUGUGGUUGACUUUGACCCUGACAUGCUCUCCUACAGCAUAGAUGAAGAUCCCAGACAUUCCCCUAAGAAGCAGAAGGAAAGGGAGGAGUUCACGUACAACGAAGUGAAGGAUGCUCGCUGGUGUUUUGACACUCCAGGGAUUGUAAAGGAAAACUGUGUUUUAAAUCUCCUGACAGAGAAAGAAGUAAAGCUGGUUUUGCCAACACAUGCCAUCGUUCCACGGACCUUCAUUCUCAAGCCAGGAAUGGUGUUGUUUUUAGCAGCCUUGGGACGUGUAGACUACUUACAGGGAGAAAAGCCUGCCUGGUUUUCUGUUGUGGCUUCUAACCUGUUGCCAGUCUACAUUUCUACCCUGAGUAACGCAGAUGCCAUCUAUGAGAAACAUGCUGACCAAGAGUUACUAAAGGUUCCCAUGGGUGGAGAAGAGCGAAUGAAAGAGUUCCCCCCACUUGUCCCUCAGGACAUUACACUGAAAGGAAUUGGUACCACUGAGGCAGUCGCAGAUAUCAAGCUUUCAUCUGCAGGCUGGGUGGCAGUGACGGCUCACGCGGAAGAGAAAUUGCUGCUCCGAGCGUAUACUCCCAAGGGCACUGCGUUGGUGGUGCGGGAGCCUCCCCUUUUGCCGUACAUCAGUACCAUCAGAGGGGCCCGAAUCCCAGGCACUGCUGCCUAUAGGACCAAAAAGCCUCCCACCCUGGUGGAAAACCUGAAAACCACAGGGAGGAGAUAGCGCUUCUCAUCUUCUGAGCAAGGCAGAAGACAGAACAGCCUCUGGAGAACUUUGUUGCUCAUUGAUAUUCAGGAGAGCUUGAACUCCUUUUUAAAGGCAGACAGGCACAUUUUUGAAAGCAGGCCUGGGGGGAACUCCACAAGUCCAUACCUGAUCCAGCUGCUGAACUGCAGCCAUUUUGAAUGAGUUGAGUGGCUGGUACCUUGCUGUGAGAGGUGAAACAGCUUCUCCCUGGGACCUGCCGGUAUCUAUGAGCAAAUCACUUUACCUGUUCCCUCUUGAAAUACGGGAUGGAAACUCGCCUGCCUGCCCUGGGCUGGCUUUGCUGCUCAUAGAGUAGGUCUUCUCUUGCAGACAUGCUCCUGCAGGUCAGAAAUCAUCAUCUUAUUCUUGGAGGCUUUACAGUGUUUCCAAAGUUGAAGGAGGUGGAGGGAGUGGGGAGGAGGAGGGAAUGCUCCAGUGUGGGUAUGACCCUCCUAGUGGCCGACAGUAAUUCAACAACAUCGACCAAAAAUCAGGUCCUUUCAAGUCCUUCAACAUCUAGGGCAGAUGAGGGAGUGCAACGCCCUGCUUUUGGACACAGGAAAGGUGAAUUAAUGAAAAGCAGGUCUGCUCAUAUGCCUGAAGAGGAAACUUUUGCAAAUCACUGCUUUGAUUGGUUUCUGUAGUUUGUGUAAAGGUUUCUGAAACUGAGGGUGUAGAAUAAAACUUUUCAGAGA